ACGAGUUAAGAUGGAAAUAAUAUGUAAAGAAAAUGAAUGUCUUGAUCGUCGUAUCUUAUUGUGUUAUGGAUCACUAUAUUUUGAACAUGCAGCAUGAAUACACGCAUUAUUUAUUUACAUUUAUAAAAUGCUCCUUGAAGUAGUUGUAGCUUCUCCCUACUGCGCAUGCCCUCGCUGCUCCAUCCGGGAACUCUCAGAAUUACCAUUGACAGCCGAAGCGCAACUUUUCCCCAGGCAAAGUGAAAUCAAGCCGCGGACUCGGACAGAAUAUAGUCCCCGUGUUUCAACUUAAAAUAACCGACGGGAAAGCAGCCCCGCUCCCCCGUCGGACCACUCGACGUUUGGCCGCGAAUCUGGAGAAGAGCCGCCGGGGCCUGAGCUCUUUCCGCCGGGUUUGGAGCACUUUUCGCAGACGGGCGGAAAGUGGGGGUGAUGAGUCCCGAGCCUGCGAAAAAAAAAAGCGAGAACUUGCUUUUUUUGCCGUCAGCUCGAGUAGUUCGUUCUUCCAAUUGUUAUCGUCGCUUUGGAAAUAAGAAAAAAUAUAUAUUCUGAUUAAAAAAGGAAAAAAAACUUCGCGUCGGUGGCGUCGGAAAAAAGUGUCAGAAAAGUGAGUUUUUUUUGUGUGGCCGGGCCGGAAACAUGGAAGUACGAGGCCUGCAAGAGGCGCUGAAAGUAGAGAUCCAAUGUCACCAGGAUGGAGAGCUUAAGAGACAGCUACACGACCGGCGGAUAUCAGCCCUGAGCGACAAGCAAAAUCAGACGUUGUGUAAAGGACUCAAUGAACUUCAGAACGGACAGAAGCUGCCAGUCAGAAGUUGUCCCGUCGGCUCCACCAAGCCUCUGACUCUCAUCAAGCCUCCCAGCCAGAGCAUCGCCAUCUCCGUGGUGCCGGCCAAGGCCCCCGUUUCCAUGGUGACCGCACACAUCAACGGACAGAAGGCGGCGAGCUCGGACCCGCUGCAGACGUCCCCCAUCAACCUCCAGACGGGCGUCAGGGUGGCGUCCACCGGCGUGCACGUGUUCAGCAGCAGGAGAGCCGGAGAGCUGCCUCCCUCUCAGAUGCUGGGAACUCUCACUGCUGUGCCCAUCAAGGUGCCUCAAGUCAGCUCCCUGCACCGGCUGGCAGGACAAGCAGCCACUAUGCUACCUCAGGUUAGGCCAAAGACGCAGAUCCCCGACAGCCUCCCUCAGGGCCCCGCCCACCAGCUGCAGCCUGUGAGCCUGCAGAGGGCCGUCGCUGUGGUCAGCCCCCGCAGCCAGGGCCCCGCCGCCGCCAGCCCCCGCAGCCAGGGCCCCGCCGCCGCCAGCCCCCGCCGCCAGGGCCCCGCCGCCGCCAGCCCCCGCAGCCAGGGCCGCACCCUGCCCACCGCCAACAGGCGCCUUCAGCCCGAGCACCAGCCCAACACACAGACAGGCCUUGGCGGGCCCCGGUGUGGCGUACCGCAAUCAUCGCCUCUCUCGCUUGCCACCAAGAAACGGGUCGUCUGCGUCAGCGAGGCCGUCAAGGUGAUAAUAAUCCAGCCGCAGGCCCCCAGCAGCCCUGAGGGGCCUCCGGGGGCCCCGGCUGACCCCCCGUCACAGGAAGCCCCGCCGGCCCCCACAUGCCCCUCCCAGAAGAAGGACGAGGACCCCAAGAAGGUGGCCUUCAUGGUGGCUCUCGGCCUGGUCACCACGGAGCACCUGGAAGAGAUCCAGACAAAGAGACAAGAGAGGAAGAGGCGGAGCACCGCCAACCCGGCCUACAGCGGCCUGUUUGAGCCCGAGCGUAAACGUCUGGCGUCACAUUACCUGAACAGCUCGCUCUUCCUGUCGGCACGAGACACUGAGGAUUUCAGCUGGAAGGAGGACGUGGAGCAUGACGACCUCUGCGCCGUCUGCAAGGAGGACGGAGAGCUGCAGCCCUGCCACAACUGCCCCCGGGCCUUCCACCCCGACUGCCUCCACCCGCCCCUCAAGACCCCCCCCAGGGGGCCCUGGUACUGCCCCAAGUGCCAGAAGAAGGUCCUGAACAAGGAAAACAUGUCGUGGCCGCACAACUUCGUCCAGUCGUACGUCACACACAAGACCGUGCGGCAGGAGGAGAAGCGGCGUCUCCUGAGACGAAGCUCUGAGCUGAAGAAGGAGUUUUCUCACCUGGAGGAAGAAGACGAGAAGCUGAGCGACACGCUGAAACAGUGCAUGGACCUGAGGGAGCGGCUGCUGGGACAACAGAGAGACACUCAGGCGUCACUGAAGCGCCUCAAAGCUCUCAUCAGGUUGAUCCAACGCGACCAGCUCAUCCAGGUCACCAUGACGACCACCGCCACCAUCGCCGCCGCCUCCCUGCUCUCCCAGUCCUGGAUCAAACCCACCAGCGCCGGCCCACCGAGCCCCUCGGCCGCGCCCCUGCAGCAGAAGAGCCACGCCCACAGCCAGGAGGACGUCAAGUAGCGGCGACCUUUGAAGGCGGUGAUGAUUCCUUCUUGUUGAAUAAUAUCGUUUGUCUCUGAGGAGCUGAGAAAGAGCCUCUUCCCUCCAUUCAAGUAUUUUUUAAGACCCAACACCUACAGUGCUUACGAGAUUUCUUUUUUUAUGUUAUUUUGUAUUUAUUAAUGUUCUUGGCCUUAAUGUAUUUAUUACAAGGAGUUAGAAGACCGUGCUGAUGUUUCCUUCUGUAGGCAGCGUAGCGAGGGGGCGGAGCUAGCGCUAGUUAGCCGCCGCGAGGACUGUACAUAUAUCUCAGUAGAUGUUUCUUUCAUCCUCCAUGAAGCUUUUUGCCAUAAUGAUUCAGGAAAAUGUUUCCAUCGUGUAUGUAAACGCAUACGAGCCUUCAAACAAAAACAGAGUAACUUUUUUUCAGUAUUAAUAGAGUUAAAGUCAAAGAAAAAAGUAUUUAAGAUAAACUACAGAAAUGAGCGUUUUCCUAUUUUCCUGCUGACUGUUGUGUGAGUCUCAUCGUCAUGUGAUCACGUGACCAGCGAGUCUCUUUGCUUCCUGUCGCUCGCAUCACAAACAACAACGUGACUUCAGGUCAAGGGUCGGGGGGCGGAGCCUGAGACGCAUUUGGGUCCGUUUUCAUUUUGCAAAAUAUUACUUCAUUUAUUAUUUUUCUCAGAGAAAUUUGUUGAGAUUAACAAACUAAAAAUAGUUGUAUUUAAUAUUAAUCCAUUGAACAUUUUGGAAUAGAAUUUAUUAAAAGUUGUUCGUGACAAGUCAUUUUUUUGUUAUUACUGAAAAUAUCAAUAAAAUCCUCAGCAAAUUUUCCCGAUAGACUUUCUGUUGAGUAAAAUAUUUCUGUUAAUCUGUUAAUUAGUUUGUCCACUUUGUCUCCAAACCGCGAUGAAGAUGUUUGCUGAUCGAUUCUUCGUCUCACUAGAAACAAUAAUUCAUGUUGUUGCUUGUUUUGCGUCGCAGAGAUCAAAGAGAAACAGAAGCAGAGUGACGUCAUGCCCCCCCCCCCCACCCCCCAAACCAGUAUAGAAAAUAUGCCCAAAACCCCUUUCUUUGUUUUUGUACUGGGACCAUCAAUAACGUCUCUUGUGCUUUUCGGUUGUGCGCUUUUAUAAUCCUGUUUUUUUACUCGUGUUUAUUGAGCGUCGACCCGACGGACGAACACUGCCUCACGGACAAAAUAAUAGAGACACUAGAAGACAAAGAGGAGGGUAGUGACGCGUCUCCUGAUGGACGCUGUCUUCAGAGGACAGACGGCAUUAGAACCCGUUGGACGGCCCGUCGUCCCCCAGUAGACGUCCGUCUGGCUUCCUGCUGGUCCAGAGGUUCAGUUUUCGUAGAGUUCGAUGUGCACAAACAUGAACAAACGUUUCCCAUAAUUCAGAGGGAGGAAACGCUGCUUUUAUUAAUAAAUCGUUUCAUAUCGCCUGAGUUUGAAGUAUCCGAGACGCUAAAGAAGCUUCUUCUUGUUGAAGUGUAAGAGAGUCAAAGUGAUGCAUUGUGGGAUGAAAGAGCAGAAAGUUCACGAUGAGGCCAAACAAGCUGCACAGUAUUUCAGGUUAAGAUCAGAUUAAAAUAUAGUUAUUGGUUAUUUGAUUAUCGAUUAAUCACCCAAAAUAAAGAAAUAUAAAUAUAUGAGAUAUAAGAUUCACACACGUGAAACACCUUCAUCUUAAGUUCAUCUUUGACAUAUUUUGUGUUUUCAGCGAUCAAAUCGAUGUUUUUUUCUCUGCAUGAAGUGAGAAACGAUAAAAGUGCGUUAAUUUCUGUUCACUCUGAGCCAAACGCACACGUUACGUUUCAAAACACAACACACACAUUCAUGUAUGAACACGUGUUUCCUGACGCACGUGUGCGACUCCUUCCCUCCAAACACCGACCGACUCGCUCACAUCGUAAAGACAUGAGACGUUCAUCAGCAUCAAAGUGCAGAAUUAAUAAGUCAUGAAAUGUAAAUGUUGAGAACACAAACACUUAAUUAUUUCCAUGUGGUUCUACUUGUUCCGCUGCAUUAAGUCGGUUAAAUGAACUCCGGUACGAUAUUCACAUUCUGUCUAUUUACAAAAACAUGAAAUGAAAAUAUUAACAAACGCAGAGACUUUAUUUCAUUUGGUUGUAAAUUGAUACUUGUAGUAUUUGGGGGAUUAAAACAGUCUGUGAGCCGAAUGCAACGUUCCUUUUGUGUUGUUUAGAGCCGUGUGGUGCAGCAGGACGCCUCCAUUCUGAAAUAAACCCACAUGUCAUCAUUUAACCGCGUUUAAAAACUGUUACACUCUAAAUGAUGCAAAGUUAAUUUCCACCAGUAAAAUAAAUAAGUCCUCAGCGGGCCGCAGCCUCCGUUCUGUCCCGAUUUGCCUUUUCAACGAACAGAAUCAUAAUCAGUGGGGAGAAGAAUGCGCAUGUGAUGCAAACCGAGAGGGAAACGAAACCAUAUCACAAGACAACAUCCACUCGCCCGUUUCUACUAAUCUUCUCCGGGAGAAACUGUGCUUAAACAAAUAUAUUUUAAUACACGACACAUCAUUUGAACAAAUGGAAAAAAGAGGUUAGAACACUUUUAUAUUCUUUUAUCAAGGAGCGCUUUGUUUAGAUGGCGUGUCUGUGGAAGUAGAGGUUGUUCUGUGUCUCGGGGACGGUCCACAAUAGUGUGUAUAGGAAAGUGUUUGUCUUAAAUAUGCCAAUGUAGUUUUCUCUUUAUGAUGCAUUCAAAGGUUCAUUGGUGGAAGUUGGUCAAUGAGUAAAGAGUAGUCUCACUUUUUUUGUAUCAAGUUCUUACUAAAAAAUGGAAUCAUUAAUAAACAAAAUUCAAGAACAAAAA